AUGUUCCUCGCCUUAAAUAGGUCGAAAAUAAUCACUUCCGUUCUGAGUUCACGACGCCUCUUAUCUUCUUCCAGUAGAAUGGUGAAAAUUCUACCGACGCCAGAGAAAUCGCCAGCAGACAAGAAGGAGUACAGAGCCAUCCAGCUCGAGAAUGGUUUGACUGCGCUGCUGAUUGCCGACUUGCAAAACGAGGGCGAAGACGAUGGAUUAGAGAGUGAGCCGCAGAGCCCGGAACGGGAAGAAGAAGAAGACCUGAGCUCCGAUGAGCUCGAGGAAGACGAAUGCGACGGUGAAGGAGACGAAGAAGAGGGCGAGGAGAAAUCAAGAAAAAUGUCGGCCGCUUGUAUGGUCGUCCAUGCCGGAAGUUUUCACGAAAAAGUCGAGUGCCAGGGCCUAGCGCACUUCUGCGAGCACAUGAUUUUCAUGGGCUCGAAAAAGUACCCAGACGAAAAUGAGCUGGAUUCGUUCCUCUCGCGCAACUCUGGCGGAACAAAUGCGUACACGGAGCUCGAAUACACCAACUAUCAUUUCGACGUGGCGCCGGAUAAGUUCAGAGAAGCGCUGGAUAUUUGGGCGCAGUUUUUCAUCGACCCGUUGAUGAAGGAAGAUUCUGUCGAUCGCGAAGGGAAGGGCUAG